AUGCUCACAACCUUUCCUCUACCUGUCCUCUCUGUCACACCCGAUGCAGUGAAAGAUCUUCAAGGACAAGACGCUCUCUCCGCUCUCUGGACCCUUUUCACCAAAUGCAAAGAGUCGCUUCAAGAUGGCCGCAGGCUUGAGAAUAUCUCUUGGAGGCUAUGGCACCGUGAGCUGGUUCUCGCUCAGCAGUCGUACCUGCCACCUACUCCAGACUCCAUCUCUCAUCCCAAAGUAUCGUCCGAUACCCGCACCUCGUUCUUCCCCCUUACCGACCCUGUCGAGGUAGCCCAGCCUUUAGGCACACCCCCUUGCUCGCAUUCGGCAUCCAUGUAUCAGCAUACUUCAUCCCCUGCAUCUACAACGAGCCCCGUUGUUCCUGACCGCCCGCGCAUACCCCAAUUCUCAUCAGCCUCAGGUACCCCCGUAGCACCGCCUCUGUCCACUUCCUUCCGCCCCAAAUCGUCCCCGUUUGUUGGCCGAAUAAUAAUAGACAUGUUGCCACAUAAUGUCCUUAUACCCGACAAGCAGAAGGCCCCAUCGCCGCGUUCGCCUAAACAACCCACCGUGCCCUCCGUUCAGCUUCCCUCGACGCCUACCUCUGCUGAAGCUUACUUUCCUCGCGUUGUCGUCGUAAACCCCACGCCCCAACCCACUCCACCGAUGACACCCUCCCUCAGCGAAGAUCCACCAGGUGCUUCACAGCCACCAUCAACGUUCCUUCUACCCCCGCUUCCCCCGCCUGUACUAGCUAUGAAGCGUCAAUCACAAGUGCAACAGCCGCUUCCGCAGUCACCUCCACCAGAUGAACUGUUAACUUCGCUUGUCUCGGCCCGAGGCAUCGAGACCUCGAAGGGGUCUGGCAGGUUUUUCCUACAGCAGAGCCCUGAGGAUGCGUCCCCGGAACGCGAUGGCUCGACGGAGAGCGGAAAGAGCCGCACUGAUUUGUUCGAUGCAUCGAGCGCAGCCUCCAGUCAGAUGCAUAGCACUGAUAAUGAGAAAGCAGUAACGAAGGAGCUGAAGGAGAAAUCAUGUGCCAAACCAAAGAAGGGAAAGGAAUUGGGGAGAUCGUCUGCCCGGCCGCCUUUGGCGAAACGGACCCACUCCGCGAGGCACAUCGGCCCUUCGAUACAGCGCAAGCACUCAAAUCAGGACAGUAAACCGCGCGCGAUGUUUAAUAUUGGCUCCAACUCGUCGAACGGGUCCAAGUCUGCUAAUGGGAGCUCGGCGAAACUCACUCCGCCUCCACCUCCGCCUGCCCCUGUGGCCAGCGGAUUGGGCGGUAUGCUUAACGGGAUGACGGCGAUAAAUCUCAAGCCUGUACAGUCGACUGUUGCUCUCCCUCCUGUUGCUAAUGGCAAUGCCGUGGCCAACGGAAACGCCAACGGCGUUGGCAAUAGCAAUGCUGCUGCUGCUGCUCAUGCAAGUAACGGCACGGGUCCCCAGCAGCGAAAAACCAUCGUUGUCGCCAGCACCUCCGAGGAAGACUACGAGACCACUGAUGCAGACGACUCUGGAUGGGCCUCUGAGGACAUGGACACUGAGGACAAAGCCCGCGAAGCCAAGGAGGCCGGGCUACGCGGUGCUGCACUGGAAGCCCAGCGCCAACGGGACCUCUUCGCAAAGGUUCCCAAACGGUCGUACUCUAAUCUCAAUCGCACGCAGUCGGGACUACUUUCCCAGCUCAUGAACCCCAACCCUGCGAUAUUCCCGCCGAAUCAUCCGUGUCGCUUGAGUCAAUCAACCGCGGAUCUUGUGCGGAUGCAGCGGCAGGCGCAGCGUCAGGCUGAGGAGGUGCAGGCUCCACAAAGGAGUAGUAGUGGGUUUGCAGGGCCUGUGAGGCUGCAGACGAGUAAAAGUUCAGCGGCGUUACCCAUGGCUGCGCAAAUCACUGCCAUGUCGAGCUCGAAGCCCCCGUCGUCUGGAAUGAAGGGGAAAGAGAGCGAGAAAGGGGGUUAUAGGCCAAAGGGACGCCCGAAGGAAGCAGAGAUGGAAGACGAGAGUGGGGAGGAUGACGACGACAAGAUCCAGGUAUCGCGCAGUGUGGCGCAGCAGAGGCUUCAGGCCUUGAUAUCACGCCGCGCUCCGGAAAAUGGCAUUGCAUCUCAACUGGCUCAGCAUACGCAUACACGUGUGGUGGAGGAUCGCGUCGCUCCUGUUGCACAAUCCACGGCACCUAUACCCCUCGGACAUCCGUAUAAUCUUCCUGCUCCCGCGCUACCUAUGACGCCCCGCACGACCCGACGAAUAAUGCUUCGGCAAGAGCUGUCAGAGAGCAUGCGGAGGCAAUUAUUGUGGGAGCGACAGGUGAGCAGUACCACCAACCCAGCUGCGAACGCCAGACGAGCGAACAAUGGCGUGCUCGGUGGGUUGCGACCACUUGCCUCGACAACGUCCAUGGGCGGGAAUCCUGGCGCCACCAAGAGUGCAGAGGCUCAGGAUAAGGAUGAGCGUAAGCGGCGCGCGAUGGCCCGAAAUCGAAGUUGGGCAGACGACUACCACUAUUCAGGGUGGUGA